UCUCAAGAGGUCAGUAAUGUGGAACCACCACAAGUUUGCCAUGUACAUGCUAACUAAUCAUGUCAGCUGUGCUGUGUUCUGACUGUAACAAACCCAAUGUUGAUCUCUUUUCAAGGUUCAUGAAAUACAUUAUUACCUCCACGGACAUUCCCCACAACAAUCCAGCUUUGUUCCAGGACUGUGAGAGUUUUAUGGAUGUGCUGUAUGGAAUACAGAGUGGCAUGUCCAAAGAAGUGAGCAUGGAGGUCACAGCAAAAAAAUCAGAGUUUGGUUGUGGCAAAGAAGUUUUGCCAAAGGACUGCCUUGCUGUUUUGGAGGCUGCAUUCAAAGAUUUCCAGGCCGUGAUAUGCAAAAUGCAGGGUCCAGGAGCCAUCACAGGGGACUGUUUGACUAAAAAUGAACGGCUGCUCGUCCUGUACUACCUGGAGGCUGUUAUCAUGCUGAAGCUAGUCCAGCGGCCUGGAAUUGUGACACACAUGACUGUUGAGGAUUGGGAGGGGAGGAGCCGUAUAGAGAAUGGUGUCUGUGUUGCAGUGAAGGAGCACAAAGUACCGUUGUCACACGAACAGGAACUUUGGUUCAACUUGUACUUCAAUGAGGUGCGGCCAGUAAUGCUGCAAGAAAACCGCACCGGGGAUGAUGUGGCAGUUGAUUCAUUUUUUGUGUCAAGUAGUGGGAGAUCGAUUUAUAAUCCCUCCAACGACUUAAAAAGACUACAUGACAAAUACAGUCUUCCCAGUGUGACGUGUGGCGAUGCCCAGAGAGCAUUUGAGGCAGCAGCACAAAACCUGUCAGAAGUGGAGAGAAAUGUGGCAGCUGAAAGGAACUACAUGAGGAGAACGUCUUCAGAUCCGUUUCUGGCUCUAAGUGUGCUAGAUCAGCUUGCUGGGAAAACACCACAAAGGUCCAGUAGAGCUUCCUGCUGUGAGACAAGGGUGGACGAACAGACGGCCUACAAAACUCUUGAGCAGUUCUGUCCAGUGACUCUGGAGGGGCCUCCUCCAAAAAGGUCACGCAGGACUGAGCUGUGUGGCUCAGAACAUGAGAGGCACUGCUAUGACCGCUGGCGUAGUGAGCAGCUCAAGCUGCGUGAACAGCAUGCUCUCGAACACUUUACUGGACAGCAGCCAUCAGAGUCCAAAAUAAGCCGCUGGAUGGACAAACAAGGGUGGACGUCAAACGUCCCACAGGCUGCAGUGGUUCUGAAGCAGUGGAAACCUGUUGCCAGGUUGCACUUGGUCAUCGACAGCAGCUUUGUGAAAAAAAUUAUUUUGUCUCAACGCUGGAAAGGACUGACUGUCAGGCCCGUCCCUGACAAGGGCGAUGGUGUUUUCACCAAAAGACCCUUUUAGAUCGGGGAGGUUGUCUGUGAAUACCACGGCGAGCUGGUUAGCCAUGAAGAUGGGAUGGCAAUUGCUUCAACAAGCGGCAUCAGAGCUGGCCAUUUGUUUUUUUAUGAGAACAAACAACAUGAAGCCAUGUGCAUUGACGCACAUGAAGAAAGUUGCCAGUGCCAUCCCAUGAAGUUCAAUUAUGGACGCCUGAUCCGUCACUCCAGCAAAAGAGCCAAUAUCCGGCCCAGGCUGUAUGUCCUUAAUGAUAGAGACAUCAUUCUCUUCAUUGCUACAAAAGACAUUUCGAGUGAUGAGGAGUUAUUCUAUGAUUAUGGCUCAAAGAGGAGAUCUUUUGCCGGGAAAGGGCUGGAAUUGGACUGGAUGUAAAACAACAUCUUUCCACCCCCCAUACUGACUCACUUCUAACAUGUCCAACUCCAAGUUUCCACCUGUGGCCAUAUUUUCUCCUCUCUCUCUGGACAACCAUCACUGCUCUUCUCACCCUGGAGUACUCUUUCUGCACUGCCAAGCAACAACAUUGCUCUCCAAAUAGAGACUUGGUUGUAAUAGGCUGAAUGAGUGGGCCUUACAAACCAUUCACCUUUACUUUCAGAGAAUUGUAUUUUCUUUUACUGACUUGUCUUUUGCUCUUUUUUUCUCAUAAGUCUUCUUUAUGCAGUAGUGAGAGUGUGAGUAGGCUACUCCAUAUUCUCUCCUCUCUCUCUGGAUUCUGUAUGACACAUGUGGAAUUACAGUCUGGUAAGUACGCUCAAACUGCGCUUAACCCUCCCUUACACCCAUCUUUAAGUUUCAACCAAAUUAUUGUGCACUUUCUGGUUGUCGUCUUCUUUUUGUUUCAGAUAUUCAAGGCUUUUAACGUCAGCAGACAUGGACCUCACUGCUGAGAAUUAACCUGGCAUGUUAAUUCUUCAUUACCUAUGUUGUCUCUAUGUUGUUUGAUUAAUGUUCAGAUUUUGUUCAUUUGGUUGCACUUGUAUGUACUGGAAGUUGUUUAUUUUCUUUAGUGUUGUUAUCACUUGAUAUUACUAUUAUAUAUACAGUCUUCUACUGUGCUGUUAUUUCACAUUCUUAUUAAAAAG